AGGUGAUUUUCAUGCGGCGUGCUAUUUUCGCGCCAGCGUUUUCGCGGGGAGACGGCUAGUUAGCGAUACUUGGAGUCGGACAGAAAUAAAAAAGAAUUAUUGCUGAAACCACUUAAUGUGGGGUAUCCUUGCAAUAUAAUAUAGACGUUCAUUGUACAAUUAUAUUUGGUUAUUUGUCGUCGAUCCGGAAUAGCGAUCAAGAUUGAACGAAUCGAGAAGAAUGAUGGCGACGGUGCCACUCAGUAGCUCCAGUCUUCUCCCACUGCUUGACUCUCUGGAAGACAACACCGCUGGACUUCCUGAGCAGACAGAUGCCUACCUCACCAUUGCCAAUCGUCUCAAUGGAGAAGGGCGACAGUUCCUCCCUGCAGUUGUAAAGCACUUUUCCCGCCUUGGUAAAACAUUCAAAACUCAUAUCUCCAGCCAGAAUGCCGAACUGAGCCAGGCUGCUCUACAAGCGCUGGGGUUCUGUGUGUUCCACGCCCAUGUAGUUUCUGCUAUCCCAGCAAAUUUUUCAGAUGAGCUUCUUUCAUCACUUUGCUCUCUGGUGAUAAAAUCUAAAGACAAGAACACGUGCACCAGAGCAUUAUGGGUGAUCUCCAAACAGAACUUUUCUACAGAGGUGGUGGCUAAGAAUGUUCCAGAGAUCCUGAGGACCCUGGAGUGCUUGCAGAUAAGGGAAGACAUCCAGUCUGUAGUUAUAGAGCACGAGUCUCUAAAUGUUAUUAUAAGGUUGCUGGAGCAGGCCCCUGUCCAGAUGGGCGUGGCCGCGGUGCAGUGGGCCAAGCUGAUCACCCCCCUGGUGGUCCACUCGGCCUCUAAAGUGCGCCUGCGGGCCGCUGCGGCCCUGGAGAUGGGCCUGCCUCUACUGCUGGAGAAACAGAAGGAGGUGGCUGCCCUUGUAGAACCCAUGAUGUCUUCGAAACUGAUCCCAGAGCUUCAGAAAAUGUUCUCCACAAAGAACGAGACGAAUGUGCUGAAACUGUGGCCGUUAUUUGUUAGGCUCCUGGGAAAGGUGCUGCAUAAAGGUGGUCCGUUCAUCAACUCCCUGCUUGGCCUGGAGGAACUGGGCUUCCGCAGCUCCUCCCCAAACAUCAAGAAGAUUGCCUUCAUAGCCUGGAAGAGCCUCAUAGACAACUUUGCUCUCAACCCCGAGAUCCUGUGUAGUGCGAAGCGUCUGAAACUUCUGAUGCAGCCCCUCAGCUCCAUCCAUGUGAGGACGGAGGCUCUGCUUCUCACCAAGCUGGAGGUCUGGUGGUACCUAGUGGUCAAACUGGGGCCCAACCUGCCCGCGCACUUUGAACAGGUGGGUGUACCUCUCCUCCAGUGCACUCUGGGUCCUGACCUAUCCUCCCCAGGUACUCCUGCCAGGAACUCCAGUCAGAACAGUGUUGCGGGAAAUAGUACUCCCAAAUCUGGUGUCCCAGCGUUCUCCAGCUCUACCGCGACCCCCCGUCUAAACCUGAACAGCAGUGUGGUGACGGGCCAGGCCUACCCCUCUAUCCAGCUGCUGGGACUGGAGAUGCUGCUGCACUACUUCCUGGGGCCAGAGAUUACCAGUGCUGCUGCCAAGAACAAACUGACCCUCAGCCUGGAACCACUGGUUCACCCCUUCCUGUCUAGCCCGUCCUCCUUCAACAAGCACGCUGUUCUUCUCAUAUCUGCCAUCCGUGACAGCUUAAUAUGCAUCGGCAAGGACGCACCAGAUUCAUUGCUUGCCCUUAUAUGGAAGAAUCUGGUCAGUUUCGUAAGCACAACAAUUGAUGCUGCUGGCCAUAAGAAGGAGAGGCAGGGCUCGGAGGUCCUCACCUUGCUGCUGCAGGCUUUACAGAGCAUCAUCUCCUCAGAGGCCCUCCCUGCUCAUAGGGCCCUGAGUCUCCUGGAGAUGACUGUCAAGGGCAUACCUCAGAGGGUCUUGGGAUCUGCCUCUUACCAAGUGGGCAAAAUGGAUGUACUGAAUGGAACCCCAGCUCUGUUCCUGAUUAUCCUUUUCUACAACAGCAGUCUGGUUUCUGGCUUUGUAGAAGAUGAGAGGUUCUUCCUGUGUUUGGAGACCCUGGUGAGGUGCGGUCUGUCGGGUCCCACGUCACCCCUGGCGUUCGGGGAGGCGGUCCUGGGAGCAAUGGGAAGCACUGCCGGGGCUCUGGGGAACAAGGAACAGCUUUGGAGGAUGUGGAGCGUGGUGGUCAACCCCCUGAUUGACACCAUCACACAUACCAAUGAGGUGAACCAAGGGGAUGCUCUGGAGCACAACUUCAGUGCUGUUCACACUGCCCUGAUGUUCCCCAUUACACACCUGUUUCCCGGAAUGGUCCUGCCACCGAUGACUCAGAAGUCCAUGUUGACGUCGUGGUCCCGGCUGUAUAAGGUGUUCGCCAGGUGCUCUGCGCUGGUGGCUACUGCAGAGGAGAACGUCUGCUGUGAGGAGCUCUGUGGCAAGAUGGCCGUCGUAAUAGAUAAGAACGCCUUGAAGAUUCCAUCAACAUUGGAUUUGGUUGCUAAUAUACUCCUUGUCAUCAUUGAGAGUGCUGACUUCUCUCCCUAUACACCACAAUUUCAGCAGAAGAUGAAAUCUCCACACACCCCUCUGACCUGGGUCCGUAAGAAGAGCAAGGCGCUGGGGAACCUGUCUACCUUCCAGACACUACUGGUCCUGUCUCUGGAGGCCUUCGAUGCCUACGAGGCCCCGGAUAUGGUUCCAGAUGGUACUGGUCCAGCACUGGUGUCCAUCCUGUCUACUCUGUUCUCUAACCUGGCCGUGGCUACAGCCAUCCAGGAGGCCCUGGCCUCUCUCACACUGCCCCUUACAGCACUCUAUAAAAAGGCUGGGAGGACGUCGAGUGACCAGCCAAAAUUCAUCUUGUGUCUUGGAACAAAGUUGGAGAAGCUCCUGGGUGAUUUGUUGGGCUGCCUGCAGACCCGUUCAGCCUUGGCCUAUGACGACGAGCUGCUGUCCCUGUUGUCCCCCCUGCUCUGUGUCCUGUUCCUCCACCGGCUCAAGCAUGUCCGCUCCCUCGUUGCACAGUUUUGGAAUGCGACUUUUGCCAACUCCAUGGUCCUGGCCUACCCUGAGGAACUGCGGCCCGUGUUAAGCCAGGUGAAGCAGAACACCCCUAUCCUCCUACCUGGCUUCCAGUCUGUUGAGGUUCCGGAUGAGUUCAGUGGACAGUACUCUAGUGAAGGGUCUCAGCUGGACACUGCGCUGAGUGGAGUGCAAGUGACCCCUGGGGUGAAGAGGGACUCUCUACUGGCCAGGGCUGGUGAGAUGAAGGACCGUAACUCAAAGACCUCAAACAAGCCCGUCUCUACGAAGCUUGACUUUGGCUCACCCAAGCCACCUUGUAGAGAGGUACUGGAAGAGCAGGCCUCUAUAGACUUUGUGUUUAUUCCCCCUGAAACCAAAGAAAGAGUUCUCACCGAGCACCAGAAAGAGGUCAAGAGAACAAAAAGGGUUGACAUCCCUGCCAUGUACAACAACUUGGAUGCUUCCCUUGAUACCACUGCCUUUACCCAGUACACUCAGAGUCAGGAGGAAUCACUGGAAAAUUUGCCAGCAGAUGACCAAGCAGAAGAUGCUGAAAAUGUUGAGGUUACGUCAGAGAUUCUUGAGGUUGAAAACAUGGAAGUGGGUGAAGAUGCCUGUGACGUUUUGGUAACAAACACCCAGGAAUACCAUAAUCCAGCCACCUUGACAUGUAAUACUGCAGCGAAUAAAAAGGAGGAACCUGCUGAAGUAGUUCCUGACUCAACAGAUGUUUCGUUGGAGGAUGCUAACGAAGAUGGUCAGUUGGAGAACCAAGAUGUUGCCAUGGAGUCUAGGGAAGACUGCCCUAGCCCAAAUGUUUCUGGAGCCUCUGACUUGUUGUCAGGGAUUCCUCAAAAACCUGUCGUCAACAACAGUCGUCGCCAGUCCUUCAUCACUCUGGAGAAGUAUACAGAGGGGAAACCUGCAAGUCCUGCCUUUGUGAAGUUUACAGGCCCCCUCUCUGAGACCUCCCACAGCCAGGUGCUUGAGCCUUCCUCUCAUGAACCACCAUUAGAGAAAGAGGCUGAUACAGACCGACUGGCCCCUCAGAAGACUGAACAAAUAAGACCUAAUAGCUCAAGGAAUGAGUCUUCCCAAAAGGAGGGAGAGGAACCUUCAGAAAACAAGAAGGAAUCAGAUGUUCAGAAACCAGCUGAGAAAAGACCAAGUGAAACCACUGAGGAUGAGGAUGAUGUCAUCCCAGACACCCAGACUGAGGUGGAAGUGCUGAAGGCAGAUCCUGCGGAAGUUAUGGGAAACAGCAGUCAGGAAGAGGAAUCUGAAAGUAAUUUAGAAGAUUCUCCCAGCUCCCAUUCUCAGGCUACACUGAGCCAAGGGGAACCAAGGCGAUCCGGACGACGCAGGAGUAGGCCACUGAGACCAGGAGAGGACACGGAUGUACAAGAUGGUAAAGACACAUGUAAGAAAAAGUCUCAACCCGGAAAAGCAACUAGUCCUACUGAUUCACCAAAGACUACGUCCUCCCCUACCAGUCAAAAUAAUAGUCAGUCACAAGGUAGAGCCAGCAGGAGAAAUAAGCUGCCUGUUGAAGUGGAGGACAGUGGAAAAGACAAGCUGAGAAAAAGUCACAAGCUGGUUAGUGAUUCAAGGCAGUCAAGUUCACAGGUCGCCACGCAUUCACCUUCUAGUAAUAGUAAUAGCCCAUCACAGGGUACCAGAGUAUCGAGUAGAAGGAGCAACAAAUUGGGCAGGGAUUCAGAGGAACUGGUGAAAGACAUACAGAAGAGGAAAGGCAUUGCAGAAGAACUUAGUCAAAUUGCCUCAAAAAGAUACACCCCCUCUCCCUCUGAUAGUGAUAGCCAAUCACAGGGUAGAUAUCCUCAGAAAACUAAGCUGGCUGUGAACGUCGAUGAUGAUGGAAGUCUGAAACUAAGGAGUAGGGCGCGUAAGGAGAAGCCAAGCCUACCCGAUUCACCUGUAGCCACACCAUCUCAACCAGAAAGUCAAUCACAGGGCAGAGCAAGUAGAAGGAGUAAGGUCUUCAGUGAUUCGGAGGAGUUUGAUCUCGUUGGCAAUGUUGAAAAACCGUGUAAUCCUGUAGAGCAAACCCAAACUGUUUUUUCAAUUGAAACUCAGUCUACGGCUUCUCAAAAAAUAGAUGACCAGUCACUGCGUACAUCUAUCAGGGAUAUUGAAUCACCUCACUCAAACAAUAAAACCAAUGACAAAAUAGAAGUCAACAUGGUAGACCAAUUCAGUCAAAUGGACUCUGAAACCACCACACCUUCAGCUGCUCCGGCAGACGGCCAGUCACAUAGUAGGUCAAGCAGGAAAAGCAAGGUUUCUGUUGAAGUUGGACAUUCAGUAGUCCAAAGUCCACAUGUGGUGACUGAAUCAGCUGCAGCACUGGAGAUGAGCCAGACUGAUUCUCAGCUCACACCCACUUCUACCAGUCAAGACGACCGCCAGACAAGGUUUCAGGGUAGACUCCGUAAAAGAGGCAAGAUGUUAGAGAAGGAGGUGAAGGCCAGCAGCUGUAGCCCGACUCCAGUUAUGGAGGUGGCACACCAGUCUGGAACACCGGGAACCUCCCAUGGAUGCGGAAGGACUACAAGACUGAGAGCUUCUCUGGGCCUUCUGUCUUCCAAAGUGGAGAACUCUGAGUCUGAGGUUUCAGAAAUCCCUGACAAUGUCCAGAAACCCAAGAGGAAAGAGAGGAAGACAAAAUCCCAUGAAACCGUUCAAAUCUCACAUGCUACUGUUUUAUCAGGAGAGCCCCGGGCUGACGAAGAGAGAGUAACUGAAUCUUCUCUGUCUGACUCACAAAACCGAUCAAGUAAGGCAUUAGAAGUUGAGAUUCCAAUGGAUAUAGAAGAUGCCCAAGUCUUAGUUCCAAGUCUUCCUCUUAUAGCAAAUGCUGAAUUGGGGCAGAGGAAGGCUGAUGCUCAGAUAGUGGAUAUGGUGGGUGGGAUGGUUGAGGCUGCUGACCCUGUUCCCGAAGUGGCUACAAGUGAGAAUAGUAAAACCUCUUCUCCACAGAUUCACUCGUCAGUAGAACCUGAUCUAGAACAACAGAAGAGCCAGCAUGGGCACAUCUCCCCAGAGAAGAAGGAAAGUGGACAUAAUUCAAAAAGCAUUUCAAACCUCCAAACAAUUUCUUCGCAAGAGACUGACAGUGAGUGUGAUGGGUUAACACUGCAAAAAAAUAACCUGCUGACUGACUGUAAGCAAGCCCUCUCUCUUUCUUCCACUAAAGAAAAUGCCGUCUUGGAUGAGCAAAGUAUUUUCCUUGAAUCAAACAAACUAUGUACGCCUCCCAUCGCCAUUGGCGCCCCAACAGGUAGUCAACCCAGCGAAGUAACAGAGAGGCUAAGUCAGAGUCUUCAGGUUUCUGAGUCUUCAGAGGAGAAGGAUGUAAAAGCUGUGCCUAUGUCCAUUGCGGAUUUGACCGUAGAUCAAGACAAGGAGAUGACAGAGGACAAGGAGAACAGGCCUCCAGAGGCUACCAAUGUUCUAGAACAGGACCAACCGGAGGUGGUGGUGGAUGAUCUCAACAAUUCUUUUCAGCAAGCCCAACCAGAAUGUUCCAUUGCUUUUAAGCUAGAGCAGCCACUGGAAUUUGUGGUGGACAAUGGUGGUCAGUCUCUUUGGAAUUCCCAAUCGGAGUGUUCAAAUACCAUAGAGGAGGAGAAGCAGACUGUGGUGGUGGAUGAUGUUGACAAGCCUCUUGGGCAUGCCCAACCAGAGUGUUCCAAUGUCUUAGUGGAAGAUCAGCAGCAGUUGCUGGUGGAUGAUGUUGACAAGUCUCUUGGGCCUGCCCAACCAGAGUGUUCCAGUGUCUUAGUGGAAGAUGAGCAGCAGUUGCUGGUGGAUGAUAUUGACAAGUCUCUUGGGCAUGCCCAACAAGAGUGUUCCAAUGUCUUAGUGGAAGAUGAGCAGCAGUUGGUGGAUGAUGUUGACAAGUCUCUUGGGCAUGCCCAACCAGAGUGUUCCAAUGUCUUAGUGGAAGAUGAGCAGCAGUUGGUGGUGGAUGAUGUUGACAAGUCUCUUGGGCAUGCCCAACCAGAGUGUUCCAAUGUCUUAGUGGAAGAUGAGCAGCAGUUGGUGGUGGAUGAUAUUGACAAGCCUCUUGGGCAUGCCCAACCAGAGUGUUCCAAUGUCUUAGUGGAAGAUGAGCAGCAGUUGGUGGAUGAUGUUGACAAGUCUCUUGGGCCUGCCCAACCAGAGUGUUCCAAUGUCUUAAUGGAAGAUGAGCAGCAGCAGUUGGUGGUGGAUGAUGUUGACAAGCCUCUUGGGCAGGCCCAACCAGAGUGUUCCAGUGUCUUAGUGGAAAAUGAGCAGCAGUUGAUGGUGGAUGAUGUUACCAUGUCUAAUGGGCAGGCCCAACCAGAGUGUGCCAAAGCCGUAGAGGAGGAACAGUACACUUUUAUUAAAGAAGUCCUCCCGGAACCUAAAAUCGUCCCUACUAGUGUCGGACCAGACAACACUCAGCCUCCAGAUUAUGAGGUUCAAGAUAAUGCUCCUCUCCAAGAGGGGACAAAAGCUACCAAUGACUCUGACCUUGAGUGUGUAGAGCUAGAAGAAACGCAGAUCGAGAGUAGCAAUUUAGGUCUUUGUCCUGUAGUCUCAAUUGUCCCUCUGACUGACUCACACAGAGAACCAGUGUCUGUACAUAAUCCAAGUACCUCUAAAGACAUGUUGUGCCAAGACUCGCCACCCAAGCAGAAGGGUUUGGAUGGUGGUGUUGGGUUGGAGGUGGGCCAGAGCCCCAGCAGUGGCAGGACCAGGGGUGUGUGGUCCCCCUCUGCUUCCCCCUCAUCCUCUAUACUGAAGAAGGGACAGAAAAGACCAAUAGAAGAAGAGAGUCCAUCACCUUUCACCAAGUGUCGACGAGUAUCAUUUGCUGACCCAAUCCAACACCAGGAGCUGGCAGAUGACAUCGAUCGUCGCAGCCCUGUCAUCCGAUCCAACUCCCCAAGAACAAAAACCACCGGCAGUAUCCCUCAGCCUAAGUUCAUCACAACCCCGACUAAAGCCUUACUCAUCCUCAGUCCACGCAAUCUCCGCAGCCCUGGAUACAAGAGCUCCAAGAAAUGCUUGAUCUCUGAAAUGGGCCAGGAGCCAAGGCCCAUCCCAAAAGACUGUGUCUAUCCAGCCCUGGUCAGCUGUUCUACCCCAGUGGAGGCAGUCCUGCCUCAGAUCACCUCCAACAUGUGGCCUCGUGGUUUUGGUCAGCUUGUACGAGCCCGUAAUAUCAGAACUGUUGGAGACCUCAGUGCUCUCACACCCAGCGAAAUCAAGAACCUUCCUAUUCGCUCCCCAAAGAUCUCCAAUGUUAAGAAAGCCCUUCAAACAUAUCAUGAACAACAGAGGAAAGGCCGUAGUGAUGAGUUGAAGAGUUUCGACGAGAUGGAGAAGAUGACAUCCGAGUUGGAGGAGCCAAACCUUCCUCAGAAGCCACAGCAGGAGGAAGAGGAGGAUAAGACUCCGGGGGAGGCGCUCGCCACAGAGUUGUCAGAUGAGCCAGUGUCAAUGGAGCAGGCACCAGAGGGGGGACCGGACAAGAGUGACCCUGACGACCAGCGUCCAGGCGGGGGUCUGCUGUCAGAGGUGGAGGCCCUGGGGAAUCGUCUGACUGGGGAGGAGCUAACCCUCUGCUCUCCAGACCAGCUACUGCAGCUCCACGAUCAGCUGGCAGGGAUGAUGAGAACUGUGAUGGUGCAGCUUCAGAGCAGACUGCUGUGUCAGAACCAGGACACUGGACCCUGAUCCACACCGUCCCGGGGGUUUGGAGUACAUCUUGGGAAUGCCCGGCGGGACAUCCGUAGAGGGUGCCAAUUGGGAGUGCCUUUAUUCUGUUGUGGAGGGGGGGGGGGGGGGGGGGG